AGCUUUGUCCCUUUUCAGGGCAUAAAGAAUGAUGUCAAAGGGAGACUCAGAUGCUACAAGCAAGAUUGGAUCAGUGGUCUCAGAGCUGGAUUUAGGAUUCUAGCACCAACAACUUACAUAUUCUUUGCAUCUGCGAUUCCCGUGAUUACAUUCGGAGAACAAUUAGAAAGAGAUACUGAUGGGAAGAUUACCGCUGUUCAAACCUUAGUUUCAACCGCUUUGUGUGGAGUGAUACACUCAAUUAUUGGAGGCCAGCCAUUGCUGAUUCUUGGUGUUGCAGAGCCUACUGUUAUAAUGUACACCUUCAUGUUCAAUUUCGCCAAAAGUAGACCGGAUUUGGGAUCUAAUCUCUUUCUUGCAUGGACCGGAUGGGUUUGCUUGUGGACGGGGCUGUUGUUGUUCUUGUUAGCUGUGUUAGGCGCUUGCACCUUUAUCAAUCGAUUCACUCGACUUGCUGGGGAACUUUUUGGUAUCCUAAUCGCCAUGCUUUUCAUGCAAGAAGCCAUCAGAGGCAUCGUGGAUGAGUUUGGUGUCCCCGGAAGAACAAAUCCGAGAUCAGCUGAGUUCCAACCCGCUUGGGUGUUUGCAAACGGAAUGUUCGGUUUGGUUUUGUCUUUUGGACUUCUGUUUACUGCACUGAAAAGCAGAAAAGCAAGAAGUUGGAGAUUUGGUGCUGAAUGGUUACGAGGGUUUAUAGCGGAUUACGGUGUACCUGUGAUGGUGGUAGUGUGGACUUGUAUCUCAUACAUACCUUGGAGAAGUGUUCCUCAAGGGAUACCAAGACGUCUCGUCAGUCCUAAUCCAUGGUCUCCUGGUGCAUAUCAGAAUUGGACUGUCAUUAAGGCAAAUCAUCACUUCUUCCCUGCAAAUUACUCACACUCUCUACUAUCAAUGCUUUACGAGAUGGUGGAUGUGCCUGUGCUUUACAUUCUCUUGGCGUUUGUUCCAGCGUCAAUGAUCGCGGUUCUUUACUACUUUGACCACAGUGUAGCUUCGCAGCUCGCACAGCAGGAAGAUUUCAAUCUGAGAAAGCCUCCUUCUUAUCAUUAUGACCUGUUUCUUCUAGGCCUCUUGACAAUCAUUUGCGGUCUCCUCGGGAUCCCUCCAUCCAAUGGCGUCAUCCCGCAAUCUCCAAUGCACACAAAAAGCUUGGCAACACUCAAACACCAGCUACUUCGGAACAAACUCGUGGCAGCUGCGCGUAAAUGCAUCAGAAACAAGGCAACUUUAGGACAAGUGUAUGGAAGCAUGGAAGAAGCUUACCAGCAAAUGCAGAGCCCUCUGAUACACCAAGGGCCUUCUCGGGGACUCAAACAGUCACAAACUCAAAAGGCUUCAGGCUUAGGAAACGCAGAUACGCUGGUCGAUGAAGCAGUGUUCGAUGUAGAGACAGAAGUCGAGAAUAUAUUGCCUGUGGAGGUAAAAGAGCAAAGACUGAGCAACUUUCUUCAGGCUAUGAUGGUUGCUGGAUGUGUUGCAGCGAUGCCUCUGAUCAAAAGAAUCCCAAGUUCGGUUCUUUGGGGUUACUUCGCUUACAUGGCAAUCGAGAGCCUCCCAGGGAACCAAUUCUGGGAAAGGAUCGUGCUUCUCUUCACCGCCCCAAGCAGGAGAUUCAAAGUUCUUGAGGAUAAUCAUGCGGUGUUUGUUGAAACGGUUCCGUUUAAGACAAUGGCGAUGUUCACUCUGUUUCAAGCGGCUUACUUAUUGGUCUGCUUUGGGAUCACGUGGGUUCCGGUAGCCGGAGUUUUGUUCCCGUUGAUGAUAAUGUUUCUUGUUCCGGUUAGGCAAUACGUGUUGCCAAGUUUCUUCAAAGGAGCUCAUCUUCAAGACUUGGAUGCUGCAGAGUAUGAAGAAGCACCUGCUCUCUUAUCAUUCAACCUCAAACCGGAAGGUGAAGUGAGCCGAGCGACGUCGUUUGCGGACAGUGGAGAAGUGAUGGACGGAAUGUUCACUAGAAGCAGAGGAGAGAUAAGGAGGGUGAGCAGCAUAAAGCUCGGUGGUGCUGGAGGAAGUGGAUCGCCGGGAGGUUCGCCGGCGGGAGGAGUGGAGUUGAUGAGACGAGUGGUGAGUUUUCAGAAUCCAAGGGUUUCGGAGAAAGUGUAUAUACGGAGCUUAAGUGAUUUCAGAGGAGGAGGAGGAGACAUUAGUCCAAGGUCCCCUGCCGGAAGAGCUUCUCUCAGUCCACGAUUCGCCGCCACCGGAGGAGGAGAACAGAGACUUUCUAAUUUAGGAAAGUCUGUG